GUGUUGCUCUGAUUCGUGACGUCAGUCACACACACACACACACACACAUUCUCUGCAUGUUUAGGUGCAGUUUCUCCUGAUGACGGAGACAACCAGAGCAAAAACAACAUCGAGUGUCUAAAGAUGUCGAGAAAAGUCGAAGUGAUCAUCAACACUGGAGCUCAGCAGGAUCAGUCUGCGUGUCCCGUUUACAUCACAGAGUCGAAGCCCGGAGACGCACCCGGAGUGACAGGGUUCCUGAAGAUCAACCCGGCGGUUCUGGGGUGGCUGGAGAUCCUGACCGGUGGCGUGGCGUUUGGACUCGUCUUUUGGAAUUACGAGCGUUGGUUUUUAAUACCAACUUGCUAUUUGAUUUUAAACGGAGUCGUUACAGCCAUCGCUGCCUGUACCCGCAACCCGUGUCUGGUGGUCACCGCUCAAGUUCUGAACCUGUUCAACAUCUUCAGCUCUCUGACCGUCUUCAUCAUCUUCUUCCUCUUGUUCUACGUCACGUCGAGUGUGCGUGUGUUCUUGGCCCCUUCUCUGGGUCCGACUGAAGUGGCGUUCAUGGCCUGUAACGCUGUGGCGCUCCUCCUCUCCGUCAUCAUCUUCGCCACCUUGUGCUGCUGGUGUAAAUCGAGGAAGCGUCUGAUGGUGAUCCACAUGAGCUCCGCAUCACCUGAUGUGGUCAGUGAUGUCAUGGACCGGCGUCCCGCAUCAUCACCCCCGUCCUACUACAGUCCGGUCCCGCCUUCAGAUCCGCCGGCCUAUGAGGAUGAGCGACGCUCAACGCUCUCUAGAGCUUCUGCUGCCCGAUGGGACAAGAGGAGAUGGAUCGAUGAACUGCAUCGCAGCAGGAAAUCCAUCCAAGUCUGAGACCACUCAUGUGUUCCAGAUCAAUCUCUAAAACUAGAGCUUCACUGACUGUGUUUGAGUCUAGGACCCUCAGUAGUGUGCAUCUCCGUCACCCGUUCGGCUUCAGAACUCUCCGGAAGACUUGCUAUCAGAAACUUUGCACACGAAUUUUUCGACAAUUUUUUAGUUUUUGCCGUUAUAUGCGGAUGUUUAUGACAGGAUUUGUGUCAGAUAGUGUGUGUAUGAUUGCACUACGGGUUGUUUUUGAGAUUUCAGUAUUUUUAGGAGCUGUACAUGCAUGACUGAAAACAGCCGUCCGAGUGUGUGUGUGUCCGAGAAACUCACUCACUUACACACACUGAUCUGAUUGUGUGUGUGUGGAGCUUCUGCACAUCAGGACUUUCCCUCAAUCUCAUACAUCAUCAUGUGCAACUAUUUAAAGGUUUUUUUCUUUUUUUUUCUUCUUAAUGCAUUUGAAUGUUUAUGUUGCAAAGCUCUGUGCAUUUUAUAGCUGCUAUAUAAAGUUCAUUUAUUAUUAUUAUUAUU